AUGGUACGUGUUAUAUGUGGUUAACAAUUAUCUACUACUAUCUGGUAAUAUCCGAUAUCGUCCCGUGUGGUUGAAAAUAAUCAUAUAGCACACGAUCCAUCAUGCUGAAAGCCACCUAAUAUUACUGAUAUGCCACCUAUGAUAUCAUACGCAAAGUACAUGACUUAAGCAUUUUUACUAGCUUCGUAUCAGCAGUGCUUAUUAACAAGAGUUGUAAAAUAGAAGGAACAAGGAGGUGUUAGCAGAGAAAAGUUACAGCUCCCUCAUCGCAAACGGCUAAAUCAAAGAGCCGAUCGAAUGAUUUUAUUAUUUCCUUGUUCUCUUGCUUUUAGCACCACAUAAAAAUACACUUCAACACAAAAAAUGGACGACGAAAAUAUGCUACGAACACGUCUUGAGGUUGAUGACCGGCAGAUACGAGGCUUACAAAAGAAAAUCAGCUCAUGGUUAUCAUCGCUGCCGAUCGACACAAACGAAUCAACACAGAACAUAUACGAAUCACUCUUAUUACAGUUAACCAGCUAUCAAACAAACGUAGAACGAUACCCGAUACUUGUGCACGCGAAUGAUACUGACAUUAACAACUACGAACACAUGGGCGAGGAGACAGCACGCGAGGUCGUAGCGACAGCAGAACAGAUAUCGUCUUUAAAGGAUGAACUGAAGGAAGCACAAAAAGUACGGAAUAACAAGCUUGAAUAUGACAAGGUUGCGCGUGAGAUUAUGAAAUUACAGACACGCGAUGAAUAUCAGCAAUCGAUUAUGGAACUCAAAGCCGACAUUGAUAUGUUAAAACGAGAAAAAGCAAACAAGGAACAAGCAUUCGAGUCACGGAAGGUUAACUUUGCAGAGUUGAUCAAGACGGUCAAGGACCUCCAACGGACUGUCGAGGAAGAGCGUGCCAAGGGCCAUGAAAUGCAAAAGAAAUUGAUGGAUAUGGAUCGUGGUUACCAAUCUUCGGACGAUGAAGCAAGUGUCAAUUCGGAUUCCCAGGGUCAUACACCGGAAGACCAUCAUAACGCCAAUGGUGGUUCACAUCGAUUUCAAGAACGCAACAACGAGGACGAUGAUGGCGAUGAGGAGGGAAUGGUAGCGGAUGAGGAUGUUAUAGUCAAUGGAGUGCAUUAAAUUUUGUUUUUUGCGUUUUUUGCAUUUAAAUUCAAUUAAACAAACUUACAGAAACAUGUUUUUUGGCAAUUGUAAAUUAAAUCAUCCGAUAUUUGUUCAAUUUCUCUUUUUUU